AUGGUUGAAGAUAGCUACACGCGCGAGGAGGAGAAUUACGAGGAUGAAGAGCUCGACGAGACCAGCUUCAAAUCAGUCAAAGAUGCGGUGCUGUUUGCUAUAGAAAUUAGCAGUUCGAUGCUCACGCCUCGUCCAUCGCCUGAUCCUAAGAAACAUGGAGACGAAUCACCCGCGUCUGCAGCUUUGAAGUGUGCAUACCAUCUAAUGCAACAACGCAUCAUCUCCAACCCUCAUGACAUGAUUGGCGUUUUGCUUUACGGAACGCAAUCGUCCAAAUUCUAUGAUGAAAAUGAGGAUGACCGUGGAGAUCUCUCAUAUCCUCACUGUUAUCUGUACACGGAUCUUGAUGUUCCAUCAGCCCAGGAAGUCAAGCAACUGCGGUCCCUCGCAUCUCCAGCAGAUGCUGAUGAUGACGUACGACAAGUUUUGGAGCCAUCAAAGGAGCCAGUCUCCAUGGCCAAUAUGCUUUUCUGCGCCAACCAAAUCUUUACCUCAAAAGCUCCAAACUUUUCUUCUCGACGCCUGUUUGUCGUGACCGACAACGAUAAUCCCCACGCAGACAACAAAGGAAUGCGGUCUGCUGCAACUGUUCGUGCAAGGGACUUGUACGAUCUUGGUGUCAAUAUUGAGUUGUUUCCCAUAUCUCAACCAGACCACGAGUUCGACACCUCUAAAUUCUAUGACGACAUUAUCUACAAAACAUCUCCCAGUGAUGGAGAUGCCCCUGCAUACCUACAGCCGGAUACCAACGCAUCAACAGCUAAAGGUGAUGGACUUUCAUUGCUCAAUUCUCUGUUGUCGAGCAUCAACUCAAGAUCUGUCCCCCGCCGAUCGCUAUUCUCAAAUGUGCCACUUGAGAUUGGACCUAAUUUCAAGAUAUCCGUCAAUGGAUAUUUGCUUCUCAAAAAGCAAGAGCCUGCAAGGAGUUGCUUCGUCUGGCAAGGAGGCGAGACUGCUCAGAUUGCCAAAGGCGUUACAACUCUAAUGUCUGAUGACACAGGACAGGAGAUCGAGAAGUCUGACAUUCGCAAGGCAUACAAGUUUGGUGGCGAGCAGGUAUCAUUCACCAUCGAAGAACAGCAGGCGCUAAGGAGCUUCGGCGACCCGGUGAUCCGUAUUAUUGGGUUCAAGCCACUGUCAGCCCUUCCGUUCUGGGCCAAUGUCAAGCAUCCCUCGUUUAUUUAUCCCUCUGAAGAGGACUACAUUGAAACUGGCUUUGGUCUGGUUCAUCCCCGCAGAAAUGCCUCGCCAGUCUUAGCUGCUAUGAUUGCCGGGGCUGAGAAGAUCGACGAGAAUGGCGUGCAGAAAAUUCCACCUGGGAUGUGGAUUAUCCCUCUCCCUUUCGCGGACGAUGUGCGCCAAAAUCCAGAGAGCACUGUGCACCGGGCGGGAGAUGCGCUGAACGACGCCAUGCGAGAUGUUGUUCGCCAGUUGCAGCUCCCCAAGGCUGUGUACGAUCCUUCGAAAUAUCCGAAUCCUUCGCUUCAAUGGCAUUAUCGUAUCUUACAGGCUAUCGCCUUGGAUGAAGAUUUCCCAGAAUCACCAGAUGACAAGACCGUGCCUAAGUACCGACAGGUUCACAAGCGCGCUGGCGACUAUAUUCUUAAAUGGGCCGAGGAACUGAAAUUGCAAGCCUCCGAGAUGUUUGGCGGGUCAGUAGCCGCCACCUCUACGCUGGUAAAGCGAGGUGCAAAGACCGAGGCAGCUGGUGAGCACCCAUCAAAGCGGGUGAAGGUUGAAGACAGUGCGCCCGGAGUGGAAGACGAAGUGAAGAAAUGCUAUGCGAAAGGCACUGUUUCCAAGCUUACGGUGGCCGUGCUGAAGGAAUUCUUGCAUGCACAUGGCCGUGCUACAGCAGGAAAGAAAGCAGAUCUCGUGGACCGAGUUGAGCAGUACUUUGAGCGGAAGUUUUAA